UGCGCUGUAGAGGAAGACCAGCUCGCAGUGUGUCCACAUUCUGCGGCUUUUUGGGUUCUCGGUCGAGGGAAGACGGAGCCCUCACACAGGAGGUGGAGUUCACCGUAAGACGAGUCCGAGGGACCAGGCAGUCUGCUGCAAUGUUAACCCAGAGUUGAAAAGUAGACGUCCGCCGGCUCUAGUACAUGACAGCAUACACCAGUCAUGGAGCUCCACAAUUUGAUGACUUUGUGGAUAUUUUGUUUAUGUCUCUUUGGAGAAAGUUGGACUGAAAAACAAAGUUCGCCCCAACCAGACAGUCAGAUUGUUGAAAAUGGGCUAUCAGAUUUUUGUCGCAUCGAUGUCCCACUAUGCAAGGAUGACAACGCCGUUCUCAGCUUUGAGGCUAUCCGGAGUAUCCAUAAGCAGAUGGAUGAUGACGCAAACGGCAAUGUAGACGUGGCAGAGACAGACGGCUUCCUAAGAGAAGAUCUAAACUACCAUGACCCCAAGGCCAAGCAUAACAGCUUCCACGGGGACGAUCAGUUCAUCAGUGUGGAGGACUUGUGGAACGCAUGGAAGGGCUCUGAAGUGUAUAAUUGGACAGUGGAUGAGGUGGUGGAAUGGCUCAUCACAUAUGUGGAACUGCCACAAUAUGUGGAUGCAUUUCGCAAGAUGAGUUUCAACGGAAGUGCUAUGCCAAGGCUUGCUGUAAAGAACACCACUCUGACACUCUCUAUUCUGAAGAUUUUGGAUCGCAGCCAUGUGCAAAAGUUGCAGCUCAAAUCUUUGGACACUGUACUGUUUGGAGCACCCUUAAUGAAUAGACACAACCACUUGAAGGACUUCAUGCUGGUAGUAUCAAUAGUCAUAGGCAUGGGUGGCUGCUGGUUUGCCUACAUCCAGAACCGCUACUCUAAGGACCACAUGAAGAAGAUGAUGAAAGACCUGGAGGGCCUCCAAAGAGCUGAGCAGAGUCUGCAUGACCUACAACAGAAACUGCAGAUCGCCCAGGAGGAGCACCGCACAGUCGAAGUGGAGAAGGUGAACCUGGAGCAGAAGCUGAGGGAUGAGAUAAACGCCGCCAAGCAGGAGGCCCAACGGUUGAGAGAGCUGCGGGAGGGCACAGAGAAUGAACUGAGUCGCCAAAAGUAUGCAGAAGAAGAGCUAGAACAGGUACGCAUGGCAUUGAAGAAAGCAGAGAAGGAGCUGGAGUCACGGAGCAGCUGGUCACCACCAGAGUCUCUCCAGAAGUGGCUGCAGCUCACCCAUGAGGUGGAAGUGCAGUACUACAACAUCAAGAAGCAAAAUGCUGAACGGCAACUCCUGGUGGCCAAAGAAGGGGCAGAGAAGAUAAAGAAAAAAAGGAACACGCUUUUUGGGACUUUCCAUGUGGCUCACAGCUCCUCCCUGGAUGAUGUGGACCACAAAAUAUUGGCAGCAAAACAAGCCCUGGGUGAGGUGACAGCUGCUCUGCGGGAGAGGCUGCAUCGCUGGCAGCAGAUAGAGAUCCUCACAGGUUUCACCAUCGUCAACAACCCAGGCCUUCCUACCUUGGCCUCAGCCCUCAACCUCGAUCCCAGCUUCAUGGGUGGCAGAGCGACACCUCAACACUUCAUCAUGUCUGACGACAUGGACGACAUGGACGAGGAUAUCGUGCCUGGAACUCUGCAAUCUCCCAGUAUGAUGUCGCUGCGUCAACGCCACAUUGACCCCCAGCUGGCCAUGGGCUCCCAGAGGUUGGUAGAGAGCUGCCUGUUGGUGGGGCAGCAGGGAGAGGGAACCUCCUACCCAUCCAGGUCUAGGGCUGCCCUCAGACAGUCACGCAGCCAGUCCUUUGGGCAGCUCGAGUGCUUUUCUCUGCCUCCACUUUCCUCAGCUGUUUCUCAUCCAUCUAUCAUCUGUGCUUCCAACCCAAACCCUCAGUCCUCGUCAUCCUUGUCCUCUUCUUCCUCCUGCUUACCCAGCUCUGUAGGUGGCGGCGUAGCCGCUCAUUCCUCCCAUAUAUAUCAUCCUUCUUUCCAGCCCAUGGAUCCCAUUCCUGACUUCACGUUCUCAGACGCCUCCAAUGUACACUCCUCAUGCAGCGACAGUUUCGGGGACCUAAAUCGCUCCGAUUCUGACUCCUCCUUGUCCCUCUCCCAAGUUGGUGACCGGCUGUCUGCCUUCAGCUCCAAAGGCCACCUAAUCAAGCCCACCUCUCUCAUACACAGCCUAUCAGGUGACGCCAUCUCCCUGCACGCUCUCACCCCCAACGGUGGGAACCGCAUUCACGAGGGAAGUGUUACAGAGCUCGUCUGUGACAGCCCCAUACUCAUGAAGAAGGUGUACGGCAUGGAGAAGUCGCCCAGCAUGGGAGAGAUCAACAGCCUGUCAGAGUCGUCCCGCUCCCUCAGCCCAAACUCCACUGAACCUGACACACCAUCUCCAACAGGAGGGCAAGUGGGAGUCGUGGGGGCAAAAGGCAGCACUCGCAUCCCUCAGCUGUCCUCCAAGAAGAGCCCUCUGGAGGAAGACAGUGGCUCAACAGGAGAAGAUACAGAUUCCACUGCCAGCCGCAAGAAACACACCUUCAAGAUCUUCAAAAAACAGAGGAAAUAAGAGCUACACACAAACUACAGGCUACCAGAGCUGUCUGACUGUAUUCCUCUGUGUGAUCUGUUUUUAAAAACAAACAAAAAGUUUUUGGGGUUCACUGAUGUUUAAAUGAUGGCACAAGUUGUUGCCGUUGCAUCUUUUUUGUAGGUUACAACACCUACUCUGAGAGACUGUGGACUGUGGGAGCAACCAGCUGUUGAGCUUUCUCUGCUUAUUUGGUCAAUGUUGAACAUGUGGGGAAUGGGUAGGCUUGUAUAUUGGAAUGUAAAGUAUUAUUUAUUCUGCAGGAAAUUGUGCCAGUCUGUAACGGGAAUAUGUCUCCCUCUUGGUUUUUCUUUCUUGUUCUACGAUCUAUAACAUUUUGCAUGUCUUCACUUUUGUUUGACUGAUACUCGAAUGCUCUUAGUGUUUGCUUGGUUCUUGUCGUUAACCUGCUUAGACAACACUUGAUGUUUCUUUGAGUACUACCUAACCACCGAGCCUACAAAUCCAAAGUGAAUGUGCACUCCUUUUUUUUGUUUCACAAAGUACUUUGUUUUUAUUGAUGGGUACAAGUUUUCCUGUCUUUUGUUGUUGUCUUGUUGGCAGAGCAAAUGACACAUACAGGAGAUGUUCAAACAGAGGAGGAGUAGAAAGCUGCAGAACAGAAGUGAUUUAAACCUCACUUUUGUCUGUCAAAAAAACGUUACUAUUUUUCCUACUGGGUGUGAUUUAUGCUACAAGAAGGCUCAAUUAUGCAGCAUCUAAGAGGCAAAUCACACUGAAAAGUCACAAUAGGACCGUCCAAUAGGAUUUCAGACCUUUAGCUUUGCGGUUUUUACUAUUAAGAUUCAGUGCAUGGGAGUGUGAGCGAUGUCUGUUCUGUUUUUGAUAAAAAAACCCCAUAAAAAACGUUUAGUUUAACCACUGUUUAUAUUUAGGGUUUACACAGGUCCUCAGUGGACGAUUAGGCGAACAGGCGUUUAAAAAUCCUGUCUAAAAUGUACAGCUCGGAUAUCGGAAUAGUUUUACUUUCAUAAUUGUUACCAAAAAAACCCCUUAUUACCAAAAUGUUUGACGUAGCAGUCGGAAAACACCUGAGGCUACAAUACAAUGAAUAUUUAUUUGUCAGUGUAUUGAAUUUAAAAAUUAGGUUGCACUUUUUCGAAGGUGUGUCAGAUUUGUACACCUAUAAAGCGUAUAUUUCUGAGGAUUAGCCUCUUAAAAACUAAAAUGGGAUCCACAUUUUCUAUUUCCUGUUAAUUUGGCGAACCGGGUGUGAUUUUAACUUGGAUUUUGAAUUCUGCUAUCCUGCGUCUUAUUGUUUCUCUGUUUUUUUUAGGUGGACAGUAAAAGCUUCACAGCAGUCUGUCAGUGAGGAGUGGGUGCUGGUAAGGGCUACAGUAAGAUAGAAGUUUUUCAAGUUGUCACUACUUGUGAUCCAUGUUUUUAUCGAAGACGAGUUUCGGAGGCAGAAGACCAAUCAUGUAAAAGUGCCAAACCACUAUUUCUGUCAGAGGCCUUUGUACUUGCAGUGUGUUCAACCUUUUGAUCCCCUUCAACACAGAACUCAAAACCGCAUGAUAUAUACAGUACUGUAUAUACAGAGUUUAUCUGCUGAAUGUCCAAUGGUAUUGUUUCUGUAACAGUAUCAUCAGUGCAGUAUGUUUACAUUUAUUACAGAAAAUUGCUAUCCUCAGAUUGCUACAACAAAGAACCUUGUAUCAGUUUUAAUGUUGAUUGCUUCAUUUGAGCACAGAACUAUGCAUUAGUAGUAGGUAGGUGAUUGCUGAAGUAGUACGGACACCGAUACACUUAGGGUGCUCCCGUUUAAUGAACAACCAAAAAGUGCUGCAGAAGACACAAUCGGUCUCCCCGAGCCUCGUAAUGUAACCGGUGGUUUGGAUGUAUAAGACGCGUUGAAAUAUUUCAUUUUAGAAACCAGCUUAAAAAAAGAAACUGUUUCCUACUGGUACUUUUUUAAGGUGUCAUUUGUACCUAUUUUGCACGACCGAGCUGUAAAUUGGUUAUGCCAUCUGAACGUGUGCGUGUACGUGUGUGUGUGCGCGUCCGUCUGCUCCCAGUAUAAUGCACUGUAACGUUGAUGCAUGUCAACCGUCAUAACGAAACCAAUGUUGGGUUAGAAGAGUGGAUCAGCUUAAGCUCUUAAGUCCCAGUUCUACUUUUCUCCCUAUCUUUAUUUUGAGCUUCUAUUUAUGAAAACAUACAGUAUAUUUGUACAGAGAAAAUGAUAAUUUUGCAUCUACUGUGGUGGUCUAGACUUUGAUGGCACUCCUGCAUGAUAGCAAUAAACUGUUUUGAAUGAAAGACAA